CGUGCUCAACGAUCCACCAUGUUGAUUGAAAACGUCACCAGAGUCGCGCAGAUUUAAUUCAAGACCAGACGCAAUCAACACCCAGACGUUUAUCGAUAGCGAGGGAAACCAAUGGACGCGUAUGGUUUGAGACUGAAAAAUUGAUAUCAACUUAGAAGACUGACAAUGGGUUGUGGAGCAAGCGCCACCGGCAACGUGGACGUCUCAGGGACACCAACUAAAUUGGAAUCAACACGUAAAAAUACAUACCGUAAUGCCCUAAUGUUUUCGCAGCUAGAAGAUGAAGAGGAUCUCAUGGAAGACACUCCAGAAAUAAUAGAGGGGAAAGAAAAACUGCGUGCCUUGGUCGAGUAUCUCGAUAAAGCCGACGUUGAGUCUAUUAGCACCCAAGCUGGUUUGGACACUCUACUAAGCGUGGACAGCGUGCUUGGUGACUUCUCUUCUUAUGACAACAUGCCGAAAAUGAAGAAAUACGGAAUUUUUUUGGCUGAUAUCAACUUUCCCAGAGUAUUUGCAAAUCUGUGGGAUAAAAUACGAAAUCCGAUAGACGAAGGAUUGGAUAGUAAAGAACAAAGUGUGAUAUAUGCGUUUGCUCUUUUUGAAGGGUGUAAAACCAUGAUAGGCGGAUUAUGUGACAGCUCUGUUAGGUUCUCGUGUAAAAUUGGUCAGGAAGGCGUCAUUGGGCGCUUAGUUACGGAUUUGGAGAAUCCCAGAUUACAGCCCAGUGAGAUAUCGGAAGAAAGCAGCGUUAUGGAAGAGGACGCCAUCUACGGCAUGCUCAGGAGUACUAUCAUGUGCAUGCACAACUCUAUCAAAAACUGGUCCGAUAACAAACCCUAUUUCCGCGAAGCCAAUGCAGUUAAACUGCUACAUAAGUACGUCGAAAACUGUAAAAACCCGAGCAUCCGGGCAAAUUCUCUCUUCACAUUGGUGUACAUCGUGAACGAAGAUGAGAAUCACAUGAUCAGCGCCGGAGAGGAGAUGGAUUUUUUCAUCACAACGCUGAAAAAGUCGAUCGAAAACACAUACAGUCAUCACAUGUGUGAAGUUGGUGAUUAUACAUUUACUGCGUUAGAGAUUGUCGAUGGGAUCAUACACCUCGCCGCUAAUGAUACAAACAAGGAAAAACUAGUGGACAAGAAUGUUCUUCCGUUGUUAGUAAAAUUGCUCUGUGACGACUGCACAGACAGAGAGAAUGAAAAAGCAGCAGUUGCUAUCUGGAAUUUGGCUUUUCACGAGAAUAAUAAAGAAAGAAUCAAAGCCGAGCCAAAUUGUUUGGACGAGCUUAAACGAUUGAAAGAAUCCAGUAAUCAAGCCAUCAGCAAGGCGUGUACAGGUGCACUAUGGCAACUAGGUGGCAUGGAACAGCAGCUCGAACAUGCCGAAUUGAUGGCUGAGUUAAAGUCCAACGACGAAGAGGAGUCUGGUGAAACCAAUCUUGGUCACGUGAUGAUAAGCUACCAAUGGGAUUGCCAGAAAGUUAUGAUAAAGGUGAAAGACCUUUUGAAAGCGGCUGGUUUUCGUGUAUGGAUGGAUGUAGAUCAGAUGGCUGGAUCAACGUUAGAGGCAAUGGCUGAAGCUGUGGAAAAGGCAGACGUUGUGCUCAUUUGCAUGUCAGAAAAGUACAAAAACAGUCCAAGUUGUCGUACAGAGGCGGAAUACACAUAUAAGCUACGAAAAGACUUCAUCCCAAUACAAGUACAGGCGAACUACUCUCCCGAUGGCUGGCUUGGAAUUCUCGUCGGAACUAAGUUGUACUUUGAUGCGAGUGCCGAUUCACAUUUAAACGAAACAGUGUCUAAAUUGAUCAGAGAACUGGGGGAGCGUGGGAAAACGUCAAAGACGGGGAAAGUAAAAGCGCACGAGAAAAUGGUAGCAGCAGACGCUACCGCGAUAACCAGCGCAUCGCGUGGAGACCGCCCCUCUCUCGAGAAAUGGAACAAUUACGAUGUACUGCAGUGGUUGUCUGACACAGAGCUGGGUCACGUGAAGAAGAGAUUCACCGGAUACAACGGGAAAUCCUUGAUUGCAUUGAAAAAGAUGGAAAUGAGGGCGCCAGAGUUUUUCUACGCCACGUUGAAGCAGGACAUGGGAUUUAAAAAUAUGCUAGACUUGACGAAAUUUUCAACGGCAUUGGAAGAUAUCAAUGAAUAAAUCAGUAAAGUGAACAGCGAAGAAUACAGCUCACACAGUGAACUGUGACACAUUUCUAAUGUAUUAUGGGAAUUUAUGCUAAUUAAGAAUAGACGCGUGACGUUUUGUGUGUAGCGCCUUAUACAUUGUAUAUAAUAAUAAUAAUUACAUACCUUGUCAUAACGUCUUCGAGUAUACUGUCUUUCAUAAUCAACAGUGCUUAUAUUGUGCCAUUAUUAUAAAAUGAUAUUUUAUUUCUAAUAAUGUAUUCUUAAAAAAUAUUUACAUAUAUUUGACAUAUGUGAAUGUAUUGUGAUGGUGUUACACUUUGUGUUUUUGUUUAAACCUGUUAUGACCACUGCGUGUGUCGGACGGUAAUUAUAUGUACGUGUAAAAUUUGUU